CGCAUGCGAAGUGCAUGUCUAUGGGAGGAGGACGGAGCUCGGUGGGAACAAGUUACGUCUUAGAGCGCCGUCGCGUUUCCACGUCCGGUGAUGGCGGCCGUGUAUGUGAGCCCAUGAGGCGGGGAAACGGAAUACCGAGCCGCUGCGGGGGGAAGCAGAAGACGUCCGAGGCAAUGGCGGGGGUGUUUGACAUUGACCUGGACCAGCCCGAGGACGCUAUUUCGGACGAUGAGUUGGAAGAUGGGGGUAUGAUAAAUGAAUUUAUGGACCAUGGAGGCCUCUCCUAUGAGCUUGAUAUGGAAAAUUGUGAAAAGUUUGAGAUCUCAGAAACCAGUGUGAAUAAAGGUCCAGAAAAGAUAAGACCAGAAUGCUUUGAACUUCUCCGUGUCCUUGGGAAAGGUGGCUAUGGGAAGGUUUUCCAAGUGCGAAAGGUCAUUGGAGCCCAUACAGGAAAUAUAUUUGCUAUGAAAGUGCUUAAAAAGGAGGUGAACUAUUCAUGCAGUUGGAAAGAGAAGGGAUAUUCAUGGAAGAUACUGCCUGCUUUUACCUAGCAGAAAUCUCAAUGGCAUUGGGACAUUUACAUCAGAAAGGGAUCAUUUAUCGUGAUUUAAAACCAGAGAACAUCAUGCUUAAUCAUCAAGGACAUGUAAAAUUGACAGAUUUUGGCCUUUGCAAAGAAUCAUUCAUGAUGGCACAGUCACACACACCUUCUGUGGAACAAUAGAAUACAUGUGAGCUG